CAUCUGUCAACCAACACGCUGCCUGUUCGUGGUGCCUAGCAGUCUGGCUGGGUUUUCAUUUUCAACGGUUUAAAGGCUUUCUGUGAAGUUGUCAUAAGUAAAUAUGCCACGGAAAAGGACAUCUUCACCACCCCGUACUGAAUGUGAAAAUGGGGCCUCUGCCAAACACAGAAAGGUGGCCAGCUCCUCUCCCAUUCCCUCUCCACUGAAUUUCGACACACCAUUGAGUUUAUUUACCAGCCUUAUUUCUCCCAUUGGCGUGGAAGAGUUCUUCCGAGACUACUGGGAGAAGAAACCCUUGUUCCUGCAGAGGUCCGACCAGGAACUGGUCAACUACUACCAGUCCCUCUUCCAGCUGUCAGACCUGAAGGAACUGUGCGGUCAGGAGCUGGAGUAUGGCAGAGAUCUCAACGUCUGCCGGUGUGUCAACGGCAAGAAGAAAGUGAUGAACAAGGAUGGACGUGUCAGCUACAACAACCUGAGAAAAGAUUUUGACCAGAGGAAGGCCACCAUACAGUUUCAUCAGCCUCAAAGAUUCAAGGAUGAGCUCUGGCGUAUUCAGGAGCGUCUUGAGAGUUUCUUCGGGGGCCUGGUCGGAUCCAACGUCUACAUCACGCCCAAAGCAUCUCAGGGGCUGCCUCCACACUAUGAUGAUGUUGAGGUGUUUAUCCUGCAGCUGGAGGGCCAGAAGCAUUGGCGCCUCUACAGCCCCACUGUCCCCCUGGCCCGCGAGUACAGCCUGGAGCCAGAGGACCGCAUCGGCAGCCCAACACAUGACAUCAUCCUCAAGGCAGGAGACCUGUUGUACUUUCCCAGAGGUACCAUACACCAAGCAGAUACUCCUGCAGACGUGGAGCACUCUACACACAUCACUCUCAGCACAUACCAGAACAUGUCAUGGGCAGACUAUCUGCUGGAUAUUUUUCCAAGUGUCAUGUUUGACUCGCUGAAGAAUGACGUCGGGCUGCGAGCUGGAAUGCCCAGACAAAUACUCUCUGCUACAGGGGUGGCUCCAGAGGUGUCAUCCCGGCUCUCUACGAUCCUGCGUUCGCUGGCGGAUAAGAUCGAGAGCGGUGACCAGGAGCUGCACUCUGCAGACAUGAAGAGAGACUUUGUGGUCAACAGACUCCCUCCUUACAAGCUCGACACCGCCUUCAUCAUGCCAGACCCUGAGCAGAUACCGAACAUAACCCACGACGUGUGCAUGAGGUUCAAGGACCAUGUGCUCAUUACUGUGCAGCCCAGUCAGGAGAGGACAGAUGAGGCCACAGAGAUGGAGGUGUUUGUGGUGCACUCCCUACGCAACAGCAGGGAGAGGCACAUGAUGGGGGAGCAGCAAGGCGGCGACUGUGAAGAUGACUGUGAAGAUGACUGUAAAGAUUGUGAAGGCCAUGAGAUCCACGGUGUGCGCUUCCCCCUGUCCCACCUGCCCGCCCUGAAGCAGCUCCAGAGUGCGGAUCGGCUGCCAGUCCGGAGCCUGCAGCUGGAGGACGAGUCGGACCGCCGGGACCUGGCCCUGGCACUCUGGACCGAGGGGCUCCUGGAAGUCUUUCCACCUGCUCAGCAGUAGACUACACCAGGAGGUCUAACAGGAGGUCUGCCCGCCUGCUCAGCAGUAGACUACAUCAGGAGGUCUCCCCACCCACUCAACAGUAGACUCUAACAGGAGGUCUUCCCACCGGCUCAACUAGUAGACUUUAAAAGGAGGUCUUCCCAGCCACUCAACGGUAGACCCGAACAGGAGGUCUUCCCACCGACUCAAAAACAGACUCCAGUGAUGGACUGGUAACAAUAAGUGAUUGAUAAUUAAUACAAUACAAUUCUUCACCACAGAUCCACGGUGUGCGCUUCCCCCUGUCCCACCUGCCCGCCCUGAAGCAACUCUAACAAGAGACCUGCCCGCCCUCUCAAAGCCAGAUUCCAUGACCAUCCUCUCAACAGACUCUAACAGCAGAUCUCCCCACCCUCUCCUAUGGAUCCCUCCCAAUAGCAGACUCUCACCAGUAGAUCUUCCCACCGGUUCAUGAACAGUAAACUCACUGAAGAGUAGGUCAGACUUCAUGAGGAAUCCAUCAAGGUUUUCCCACCCACUAAGCAGUAGACUACAUCAGGAGGUCUCCCCACCCACUCAACAGUAGACCCGAACAGGAGAUCUUCCCACCGGCUCAAGACUCGAACAGGAGGACUUCCCACCGGCUCAAGACUCGAACAGGAGGACUUCCCACCGGCUCAAAAACAGACUCCACCAGGAGGGUCUUCCCACCCGCUCAACAGUAGACCCGAACAGGAGGUCUUCCCACCGGCUCAAAAACAGACUCCAUGACCAGUAAACAAACUGAACAGUAGGUCAGACUCCAAGAGGAAGUCUGAUGAUUUGGCUCUGCCUGCUGUCUCAACAGUAGACGCUAACCGGCAGGGGUGGGGAACCUUUUUCAUUCGAAGGGCCACUUCAAAUUCAUCCGAGGGCCGUAAAAGUCCUCAGAGGGCCAUAUUAUGAACACAAACUAGGAUUUACCCCUUCACUUUAGGCCUAUAUUGAAAGCAGCCACCUUUUAAACAAACACCACCUUCUCUAGGUUCCCUGAAUA